AUGACAGUUUGUCAUAUAGAUUUAAGUGUCAAACAGAUGAUAAUAUUGAAGUAAUUUCAAAAAAUGUCUGAUUUGAGCCGUGAUCCUGUGGAGCUUCUUACGAACCCUGGAUUAAAGGAACCAUGGAUGAGCAAUAAAAUUAUGGCGAUGGGAACCGGAGCUGCCGGAUUCAUCUUUGCCUGUUACAGUAACUAUGGAUUAAAGCGUCCUGUUUUCAGCGGUAUUCAAAGGCAUGUCGCUUACACGAUCGUAGGUGCUGCAAUUGGACAAUAUUUAGAACACCGCCGGAAAGAGUACUACGCAAAAAAAGACGCAGUAAUGAGACACUUUAUUGAAUUACAUCCUGAUGAUUUUCCCCGUUUUGAAAGGAAAAAGCUUAAAGAUGUCAUAGAACCAUGGAUCCCAAUCCGUUAAAAAGGAAUAGUUUUGGAAGUUCAGCUGUAAAAUAAAUAAACCUCGAAGUGUUAUUAUUUUUAAAUUAUGGACAUAAUCGAGGAAAUAAAUAUCAUUAUGCUUUA